AUGUUAAAAGUGAGUCUUUGUCCGAAUUCUUUAACCGUCCCUAAUAUAUCUCCUACUCCCGAACCUCCUCGUGCUUCUCUUUCCAUUGCCAAAUUGUGUCUACGUGCUUCGGCGUUUGCAGCGGCUUCAGCUUUCUUAUCGUUGACAGCUUUGGCUAUCCCAGCAGCUCAACCAGCAGUUGCUCCUGCUGCAGCUAAACCAGCUAAAAGGGCUUGUCGUUCUAGUCUCUUGUUUCUUAGUUCUCUUAUUAGCUGCAGUUCUUUAAGUUCGUCAGAUUUUUUCACUUCAUCGCUUAUAUUUACUCCUGCUUUUGCCACAGAACCAAGAGCUUGCGCUUCUGAGGAAAUGAGGGAUUUGUUGUUUGAGACAAAGUUGGCCACUUUGGGGAUGAGAGAUUUGAAUAUUUUAGAAAGAAUAUUUCAAGAAAAUCAUUAUCCAGACAGUUAUGUUUUUGAUCAACUUUGUGAUACACUAAAUCUAGAUAUAGAAAAAUUAGCUCCUACCCGACUGCAUUAUGGUACCACGUAUUCCACCGUGUGA